CACCUUUUUUCACUUCAAAGCACACAACAAAAGACACAUACAGACAGAUAGACAGACAGACAGACAGAGAUUGAAAGAAUCCAUCAAUGGCUACCAAACUCUACAUUGUUUACUAUUCCACCUAUGGACACGUUGAAAAGCUGGCGGAACAGAUAAAGAAAGGAGCUGAAUCCCUCGAAGGAGUAGAAGUAAAACUAUGGCAGGUACCUGAGACAUUGCCUAAUGAAGUUCUUGAGAAGAUGAAUGCACCACCAAAGAGUGAUGUACCUGUCAUCAUCAAUCCUAAUGAGCUUGCUGAAGCUGAUGGACUACUUUUUGGUUUCCCCACUAGAUUUGGAAUGAUGGCUGCGCAAUUUAAAGCUUUUCUAGAUUCAACUGGAAUGCUAUGGAGAACUCAACAGCUUGCAGGCAAGCCUGCAGGAAUUUUCUACAGCACUGGAUCCCAAGGAGGUGGACAAGAGACCACUCCAUUGACAGCCAUUACUCAGCUUGUUCACCAUGGAAUGAUCUUUGUGCCCAUAGGGUAUACAUUUGGAGCUGGCAUGUUUGAGAUGGAGAAGGUGAGAGGUGGCAGCCCCUAUGGUGCAGGCACUUAUGCUGGGGAUGGAUCGAGGCAGCCUUCUGAACUAGAAUUGGACCUGGCUUUCCACCACGGCAAAUAUUUUGCUGGUUUUGCAAAGAAGCUCAAGGGAACCGCUUGAUUUUCGUUCACCAUAUAUAUAUAGAAACAACUCCAUCUUUAUAUAUACUUGCAACAAUAUUAUUAUAAAUCCAUCUCAGAAGCUUAUAUAUAUAUAUAUAUAUAUAUAUAAUACUUCCCGGUUGCUUUCUUCUAAUAAUA